CGCCGCCGCCGCCGCCGCCGGGAGGGCUUCGCUGUGAGCUUGGGAAGCCGGGGCGCAGCUGCGGGGCGUGAAUCCGAAAGGUGAGAGCGACAGCCAGCGAGCCAGCCGAGGGGGCGGGCAGGCCACGAAAAUGUCCUCGGCCGUGGGGCCCCGCGGUCCUCGCCCACCCACGGUGCCUCCCCCUAUGCAAGAACUGCCCGACCUGAGCCACCUGACCGAGGAGGAGAGGAACAUCAUCAUGGCAGUGAUGGACCGGCAGAAGGAAGAGGAGGAAAAAGAAGAGGCCAUGCUCAAGUGUAUUGUCAGGGACAUGGCGAAGCCUGCUGUCUGCAAAACACCAAGAAAUGCUGAAAGCCAGCCCCAUCAACCACCACUGAACAUUUUCAGAUGUGUCUGUGUUCCCAGAAAGCCAAGCAGCGAAGAGGGAGGCCCAGAAAGAAACUGGAGAUUGCAUCAACAGUUUGAAAGCUAUAAGGAGCAAGUGAGAAAAAUCGGAGAGGAAGCGCGGCGUUACCAGGGCGAGCACAAAGAUGAUGCCCCGACUUGUGGAAUCUGUCACAAGACAAAGUUCGCUGAUGGAUGUGGCCAUCUUUGCUCCUAUUGUCGCACCAAGUUCUGUGCACGCUGUGGAGGCCGAGUGUCCCUCCGAUCGAACAAUGAGGACAAAGUGGUUAUGUGGGUAUGCAAUUUAUGCCGAAAGCAACAAGAAAUCUUAACCAAAUCUGGAGCAUGGUUCUUUGGAAGUGGCCCUCAGCAACCCAGUCAGGAUGGGACUCUGAGCGACACGACUACAGGUGCUGGAUCUGAGGUGCCAAGAGAAAAGAAAGCACGACUCCAAGAGCGAUCCAGGUCUCAGACACCCCUGAGUUCAGCAGCUGCCGCUUCCCAGGGCACCACUUCCCCUAGUGCACUAGCGGACAGAAGCAAAGGGACCGAGCCUUCACAGCAAGCCUUGGGAGCUGAACAGAAGCAGGCAUCAAGGUCUAGAAGCGAGCCACCGAGGGAAAGGAAGAAGGCUCCAGGGCUUUCGGAGCAGAAUGGCAAGGGAGGCCUGAAGAGCGAGCGCAAACGCGUCCCCAAAUCCGCGGUGCAGCCCGGGGAAGGGACCGCGGAAGAGCGGGAGCAGAAGGAAAGGCGGGAAACCCGCAGGCUGGAGAAAGGGCGCUCCCAGGACUACCCGGACCGGCCUGAGAAACGCGAGGAUGGCAGGGCGGCGGAGGACGAGAAGCAGAGGAAAGAGGAAGAGUACCAGACCAGGUACCGCAGCGACCCGAACCUGGCGCGCUACCCCGUGAAGCCGCCUCCCGAGGAGCAGCAGAUGCGCAUGCACGCCCGGGUGUCCCGCGCGAGGCACGAGCGGCGCCACAGCGACGUGGCACUCCCGCACACCGAGGCUCCAGCCGCGCCGGCCGAGGCCGCGGCGGGCAAGCGCGCGCCAGCCGCCACCAGGGCCUCUCCGCCCGAGUCCCCGCGCGCGCGCGCGCCCGUCGCCCAGCCUCCCGCCGAGCACGGCCCGCUGGCGCCACGGCCAGUCCCGGGUCCCGCAGAGCCGCCCGAGCCGCGCGUCCCCGAGCCGCUCCGGAAGCAGGGUCGCCUGGACCCGGGCUCGGCCGUGCUCCUGCGCAAGGCCAAGCGCGAGAAGGCAGAGAGCAUGCUGCGGAACGACUCCCUGAGCUCCGACCAGUCCGAGUCCGUGCGACCGUCCCCGCCCAAGCCGCACCGGCCCAAGCGGGGAGGCAAGAGGAGACAGAUGUCGGUGAGCAGCUCCGAGGAAGAGGGCGUGUCCACGCCGGAGUACACCAGCUGCGAGGACGUGGAGCUGGAGAGCGAGAGCGUGAGCGAGAAAGGUGAUUUGGAUUAUUACUGGUUGGAUCCUGCGACAUGGCAUAGCCGGGAAACGUCUCCUAUUAGUUCGCAUCCUGUAACUUGGCAGCCAUCGAAAGAGGGAGACCGAUUAAUUGGCCGUGUUAUUCUUAACAAAAGAACAACCAUGCCCAAAGAAUCAGGUGCAUUAUUGGGUCUGAAAGUGGUUGGAGGAAAAAUGACAGACUUAGGACGCCUUGGUGCUUUCAUCACCAAAGUAAAGAAGGGUAGCCUGGCAGAUGUGGUUGGACACCUACGAGCAGGGGAUGAAGUUCUAGAGUGGAAUGGUAAACCCCUGCCGGGAGCAACAAACGAAGAAGUUUACAACAUUAUUUUAGAAUCAAAAUCAGAACCUCAAGUUGAAAUUAUUGUUUCAAGGCCUAUUGGUGACAUCCCCCGGAUCCCUGAGAGUUCCCAUCCUCCCCUGGAGUCCAGUUCAAGUUCCUUUGAAUCUCAGAAGAUGGAAAGGCCUUCCAUUUCUGUUAUUUCUCCAACCAGCCCUGGAGCUCUGAAAGAUGCCCCGCAAGUCUUGCCAGGGCAACUCUCUGUGAAGUUGUGGUAUGAUAAAGUGGGACAUCAGCUGAUUGUAAAUGUUCUACAAGCAACUGAUCUACCUUCUAGAGUAGAUGGCCGUCCCAGGAAUCCCUAUGUAAAAAUGUAUUUUCUUCCAGAUAGAAGCGACAAGAGCAAAAGAAGGACCAAAACAGUGAAGAAAAUUCUAGAACCAAAAUGGAAUCAAACAUUUGUCUACUCACAUGUACAUCGUAGAGAUUUUCGAGAGCGAAUGCUGGAAAUUACCGUGUGGGAUCAGCCAAGAGUACAAGAGGAAGAGAGUGAAUUCCUUGGAGAGAUCCUCAUAGAAUUGGAAACGGCACUUUUAGAUGAUGAGCCCCACUGGUAUAAACUCCAGACACAUGAUGAAUCUUCACUACCUCUGCCUCAGCCAUCACCGUUCAUGCCACGGCGGCACAUUCAUGGAGAGAGCUCCAGCAAAAAACUACAAAGAUCUCAGCGAAUCAGUGAUAGUGACAUCUCAGAUUAUGAGGUUGAUGAUGGUAUUGGAGUAGUGCCUCCAGUGGGUUAUAGAGCUAGUGCUAGAGAAAGUAAAGCAACAACAUUAACAGUACCAGAGCAGCAAAGAACGACUCAUCACCGCUCACGGUCGGUGUCUCCUCAUCGCGGCGAUGAUCAGGGAAGGCCGCGUUCACGUUUACCAAAUGUGCCAUUACAGAGGAGCUUAGAUGAAAUUCAUCCAACAAGAAGGUCACGUUCUCCAACCAGACACCAUGAUGCCUCCCGAAGUCCGGUCGAUCACAGAUCCAGACAUAUGGAAAGUCAGUAUUCAUCAGAACAAGAAAGUGAGCUUCUCAUGCUGCCCAGAGCAAAACGAGGACGAAGUGCAGAGUGCCUACACACGACCAGCGACCUGCAGCCCUCUCUUGCCAGGGCUAAGAGUGCUAGUACCAACUGCUUGAGACCAGACUCUAGUUUGCAUUCACCAGAACGAGAAAGGGGUAGAUGGUCCCCCUCCCUAGAUAGGAGGCGACCUCCUAGCCCCAGGAUUCAAAUCCAGCAUGCAUCUCCGGAGAAUGACAGGCACUCCAGAAAGUCUGAAAGAUCUAGCAUCCAAAAACAGACUAGGAAAGGCACAGCCUCCGAUGCAGACAGGGUUCUCCCAUCAUGCCUUUCUAGAAGGGGAUACGCAAUCCCAAGAGCAACUGAUCAAGCAGUCGUUAGGGGAAAGCAUCCCACUCGCUCGCGGUCGAGCGAGCACUCUAGUGUCAGAACCCUGUGUUCCAUGCACCACCUUGCCCCCGGAGGCUCGGCGCCACCUUCUCCGCUUCUGACAAGAACGCACCGACAAGGAAGCCCAACCCAGUCUCCUCCAGCGGACACAUCCUUCAGCAGUCGCCGGGGAAGACAGCUUCCACAGGUGCCAGUGCGAAGCGGCAGUAUAGAACAAGCAAGCUUAGUAGUGGAGGAGCGAACAAGACAGAUGAAAAUGAAAGUUCACCGAUUUAAGCAGACAGCAGGGUCUGGGUCUAGCCAAGAACUUGAUCACGAGCAAUAUUCCAAGUAUAACAUACAUAAAGAUCAGUACAGAAGCUGCGAUAACGUCUCCGCCAAGUCAUCAGAUAGUGAUGUCAGUGAUGUGUCCGCCAUUUCCCGAACCAGCAGUGCCUCACGCCUCAGCAGCACAAGCUUUAUGUCAGAGCAAUCUGAGCGCCCCAGGGGUAGGAUCAGUUCAUUUACCCCCAAAAUGCAAGGCAGACGGAUGGGGACUUCAGGAAGAGCCAUCAUCAAGAGCACCAGCGUGAGUGGAGAGAUAUACACACUGGAGCAUAAUGAUGGCAGCCAGUCAGACACGGCCGUGGGGACCGUUGGGGCAGGAGGCAAGAAGCGGAGAUCCAGCCUGAGUGCCAAAGUGGUCGCCAUAGUAUCUCGAAGAAGUAGAAGCACAUCACAGCUCAGCCAGACAGAGUCGGGCCACAAGAAGUUAAAGAGUACCAUUCAGCGAAGUACAGAAACAGGAAUGGCGGCUGAAAUGCGGAAGAUGGUGAGACAGCCAAGCCGGGAGUCCACAGAUGGCAGCAUCAACAGUUAUAGCUCGGAGGGAAACUUAAUAUUUCCUGGAGUUCGAGUAGGACCUGACAGUCAGUUCAGUGAUUUUCUUGAUGGACUGGGGCCAGCUCAGCUUGUUGGGCGCCAAACCCUUGCCACACCUGCCAUGGGUGAUAUCCAAAUCGGGAUGGAGGAUAAAAAGGGCCAGUUGGAAGUUGAAGUUAUCAGAGCCCGGAGCCUUACACAAAAACCUGGCUCCAAGUCUACACCUGCACCCUAUGUAAAAGUGUAUCUCUUGGAAAAUGGAGCCUGUAUUGCCAAAAAGAAGACAAGAAUUGCACGGAAAACCCUCGACCCUCUGUACCAGCAGUCCCUGGUUUUUGAUGAAAGUCCACAGGGUAAAGUUCUUCAGGUGAUCGUCUGGGGUGACUAUGGAAGAAUGGACCACAAAUGUUUUAUGGGUGUGGCUCAAAUAUUGUUGGAAGAACUUGAUCUGUCCAGCAUGGUGAUUGGAUGGUAUAAAUUGUUCCCUCCGUCAUCAUUGGUGGAUCCCACACUCACUCCUCUGACCCGCCGGGCUUCCCAAUCAUCUCUGGAGAGUUCAUCUGGGCCUCCCUGCAUUCGAUCAUAGUAAACUCUCUCCUUCCAACCAAACUUCACAUUUCAGGAUAAUUAUCAGAAACCAGAUAUUUCAUGAUCAAGAGCAUUGUUGGAGACAGACAAUCAACUUGUGUUUUGCCUGUAGUAGUUUUUCGAUAUGUCCCAAUUGUUGUUGAAAACAUGGCUUCAUAUGACAGAACAAGGCAGUCAUUCAAAUUACAUUAAGAAGAGACUUGCUAGUGAGAGUCACUGAUGCUUCCAGCAAAUAGAAAAAGAAGACACUGUCGAGUACACACAUACACACACACACACACACACACACACACACACACACACACACACACCAUAUAGAACAAACUGGAAACUCUCACUCUGAAAAGUUGUACUUCACAUGCUUCUGCACAGACCACAAGCGGGGUUAUUUCCCUGGUGUUUAAGGUUGUUUAGUUCGUCUGUGCGCUUUAUGACUUGUGUGCGAUUUGCUGGUUAUUUUCUUUCCUUGUCUUUGUUUCUCUGUCUUCACUGUCUUUGUUAUUUGCACUU